AUGGACUUUCAGAUAACCAGUACGGAUUUAGGAAGAGAAGUUGUUGACCUUUCAACAGUCGACGCAAUUAAUAAAGUUAUGAGCGACGUAACAGAUUCCGGCACGGGGUCCAUAAAGAAGCGAGAACUCUGCGUACUUGUCACGCUGAACGUUGAUAAAGCGUUUAAUUCUACAUCAUAG